GUGAGGACUUGAAUCCAAAUCUUCUUUCUCGCGAUGGGAGGUUGUAUCUCGGUCUCGGUGUCAUGUGAUCGGAUUGUGGAUCAGUUCACUCAAUGGUUAUGCGUUAGAAAGAGUAGUAGUUGUUAUAUUCACAGCCUUCCCGAGAAUCUUGCAGCACUACAUAAAGCCAUGGAAAUGCUCAAGACAGAGCAAUAUGAUGUGAAAAGAAGAGUCCAUAGAGAAGAGUUUACAGGGCGUCGUCAAAGGCUUUCUCAAGUUCAGGUAUGGCUUACUAAUGUCGCGGCUAUCGAUAACCGAUUCAAUGAUCUGUUUAGUACUCAAGAGGUCGAGAUACAGAGGCUGUGUUUUUGUGGGGUUUGCUCCAAAAGUUUGAAAAUGAGCUAUCGUUAUGGGAAAAUGGUUAGCUUGCUGUUGAAGGAAGUUGAGAGUCUCUCUUCUCAAGGAGGAUUUGAUGUGGUGACCGAGGUUGUUCUAGUAGCUCCAGUUGAGGAGAUGUCUAUACAAUCCACAGUUGUUGGUCAAAAUACAAUGCUUGAAAGGGUAUGGACUUCUCUGAUGAAAGAUGGAUUCAAGAUUAUGGGUUUGUAUGGUAUGGGUGGAGUUGGGAAAACUACGCUUCUCACUCAAAUCAACAAUAAGUUUUCUCAAGAAGAUGGUGGAUUUGAUAUCGUGAUUUGGGUUGUCGUGUCUAAAACUCCAGAGAUUUCUAGGAUUCAAGAUGAUAUUGCAAAAAGACUUGGUCUUGUGGGUGGGGAGUGGGACAAGAAAACCCAACACAAGAGAGCCGUAGACAUACACAAUGUCCUUAGGAGACAGAAAUUUGUUUUAUUGUUGGAUGAUAUAUGGGAGAAAGUGAACUUCGAAUCGGUUGGAGUACCAUAUCCAAGCAGAGAAAAUGGAAGCAUAAUAGCAUUUACCACUCGUUCUCUAGAUGUGUGUGGGCGUAUGGGAGUUUAUGACCCGGUGAAAGUUAGUUGUUUGGAACCUGAAGAAGCCUGGGACUUGUUUCAAAAGAAAGUAGGAGAAAACACUUUGAAAUGCCAUCCAGACAUUCCUGAACUCGCAAAAAAAGUCGCUGAAAAAUGUCGUGGUCUACCAUUGGCACUUAAUGUCAUCGGAGAGACUAUGGCAUGCAAAAGCACAGUUCAAGAAUGGCGUCACGCGAUUGAUGUUUUAACUUCAUCAGCCAUAGAGUUUUCAUGCAUGGAAGAUGAGAUUCUUCCCAUUUUGAAGUAUAGCUAUGAUAAUUUAAACAGGGAGCAUGUCAAAUCAUGUUUCCUAUAUUGCUCUUUAUUUCCUGAAGAUUAUGAGAUAAAAAAAGAGGAGCUAAUAGACUAUUGGAUAUGUGAAGGAUUUAUAGAUGCCAAAGACGGUAAAGAGAGAGCGGUAAACGAAGGCUAUGAGAUCAUCGGUACUCUUGUCCGCACAUGUUUAUUGUUGGAGGAAGGGUGGAAGAAAGUGGAAGUGAAAAUGCAUGAUGUGGUCCGUGAGAUGGCUUUAUGGAUAUCAUCUGAUCUUGGAAAGCACAAAGAUCAAUGCAUUGUGCGAGCCGGUGUUGGAUUACAUGCAGUACCCGAAGUGAAGAACUGGAGAGCUGUGAGAAGGAUGUCACUGAUGAAAAAUGAGCUUGAAAAGAUAUUGGGUUGUCCUACAUGUCCUCAACUUACAACUCUCCUCCUCCAAAAAAACCACGAAUUGGUAAAUAUUUCCGGAGAAUUCUUUCGAUUUAUGCCUAACCUUGUCGUCUUGGAUUUAUCAUGGAGUAGUAGUCUCGUUGGAUUACCAAAGCAAAUAUCAGAGUUGGUCUCCUUGCGAUAUCUUGACUUGUCAUAUACAAACAUCGAGCGGUUGCCUGUUGGUUUACAAGAGUUGAAAAAGCUAGUACAUCUUAAUUUGGAGUCCAUGAAGAGAUUGGAGAGUAUUUCCGGAGUGUCUAAGUUGUUGAGUUUGAGGACACUGAGACUACAAAAAUCCAAAAAGGCUCUUGAUGUGAACUCAGCGAAGGAGCUACAACUCUUACAACAUAUAGAAGUUCUAACCAUUGAUAUCUUCUCAAGUUUGGUUUUGGAACAUUUGUUAUGCUCUCAGAGAUUGGCGAAAUCUAUUCUAUAUGUAGAGCUUAUAGAGGUUGAGGAAGAACCAUUUCAAAUCUUGACUUUUCCAACCAUGGAUAAUGUACGUCGCAUUGGCAUAUGGAAGUGUGGAAUGAAGGAGAUAAAGAUCGAGAGAAGAGCAUCAUCAUAUUUUUCUAGCCUCUACAAAGUCGUUAUAGGACAAUGCGAUGGUCUAAAGGAUUUGACAUGGCUAUUGUUUGCUCCAAACCUUACUUAUCUUGACGUUCGUUUCGCAGAACAACUUGAAGAUAUAAUAAGUGAAGAAAAAGCUGCAGGUGUUACAGAUGAGAAUGGAAGUAUCAUCAUUCCUUUUCAAAAACUAGAAUGUCUUAGCUUGUCUGAUUUACCAAAGCUAAAGAGCAUCUACUGGUCACCUCUGUCUUUUCCACGUCUGAGUGACCUCGUCGUACAAGAACAUUGUCCAAAACUGAAAAAGCUUCCAUUGGAUUCCGAAAGUGGAAAUGCGGGAGUAGAACUUGUUGUAAAAUACGGAGAAACCAAAUGGUUGGAAGGUGUUGAAUGGGAAGACAACGCCACUAAACUCCGUUUCUUGGCUACCUCCAGACCGUGGUAACUGAUAAGUCAUGAACUUCUCUUUCUUCAACCUCCCUUUUAUCUUUGUUAUGUUUCAA